AUGGCUGCAGUAACCACACAACCUGCCCCUUUUGGAUUUUUAGAAAGGGAAAAACACAUUGAAAAUCUUUUAGGUAGACUAGAAAGAAAGAAAAAUGAACAAACUGAUGAACUAUCGGAUAAUACUGUACUUUCAGGUGCUACAUGGCAACACUUUGACUCGAGCAGGAUUAAUUCAGAAAAAUCAAGAGUAUUGGAUGAGAAAAUUGCUGAUGGAAAUUUUGAGAACACAAAUGAAGAGUGUUCCUUUCAGAUGCAAUUUAAUGAUUCCAAAACAGAAGAGUGUUUUCACACGUCUUCACUCCCGAAGGAUGUAAAAGGAUGUGGGACCAUGCAGGAAUUUCUUGGAUUACAGCCACUCUUCAAACUCUAUCAGCUUUGUAUCACAGCAAAGGCUGAAUACCAAGGUCUUACCUGUGACCCUGGCAGAACAUACAUUAUCACCUCUCAAAAAGGUGAACAACUGUACAUAGCAUCAGAAGAUACUACUUGCCUGUGUUUGAACUUGUGUGGUGCAGCUCGGUCCUGUUGCAUAAAGAUCUAUAACCUACAAUCAGAGGAGGUACUGCACUUUGCCAGACCUUUCCGGGUAGAUGCCUGCUGUUGUGGAUGCUGCCUAAUGGAGAUAAAUGUGUUCAAUGCACAGAAAGAACAAAUUGGUGCAAUUAAGCAGAGAUGGAGCAUGUUCACACCAUUGUUGGAAAUCUGUGAUAAGAAUGGACAUGGGAUUAUGAAAAUUCAUGGCUCCUGUUGUCCUUGCCGUUGUUAUUCAGACCAGGAAUUUAAGAUUACAUCCAAGAUUGGGAACCAUUUGGGAUCAAUCUGGAAACGGUGGCAAGGAUACAAUUCAGAAUACAAUAUGGACCAUGAAUACUUUGGAGUAGACUUUCCAGUCAACAUGAAUCCAAACGCAAAAGUGCUUUUGCUGGCUGCUGCCUUCUUACUUAACUACAUGUUCUUUGAAAUGAGCUGAACUUCAAGAUUCCUUUCAUCCCCAUCAAAAGCAAGGUUGUUUGAUAAAAAAAAGUUUAAAUGUUGAAGUGCAAAAUAUUGAAAAUAAAUUACACUUCAGUUCAUGUAAAUAUACCUGUUUGGCUUGAAACAAUUGUAAACAUUUUUGUAUUUCUUUGAUCAAGAGAUGCCUUAACUACCUGUAUAUGAAACAUCAAUUAUAAAGCAUAUUAUUGUUGUUCAAAGAAAAUACAUUGAGCCAGGGAAUGACCAUCUCCAACAAGAGAGAAUCUAACUAUUGCUUUUUGACAUAUAAUUGCAUUGCCAUUGCUGAAUUCCCCACUAUCAACACUUUGUUAGUUUGCGAGAAAGCUAACUGCACCAGCCAUAUCAAUACUGCAGCUACAAGAGUAAGUCUGAGAUGGGAAUUGUGCAAUGAAUAACUCACCU